AUGGCGGUGCCUCUGGCCGUCGAGUCGCCGCCGUCCACGCCAACGGCUCCGCCCCCGCUCCCGCACCCGCUCCCGCUCGCAGCCAUCCCGCCAGUCUCCGACGACGACGCUGACCCCGUCCACGCGCCCCCGCCCCGCGCCCCCGCCCCGCGCCCCCGCCCCGCGCACCCGCCGCGCCCCCGCCCCGCGCCCCCCGCCCCGCGCCCCGCCCCGCGCCCCCGCCCCCGCCGCGCCGAUCAUAGCCCCGCCAACGCCUCGACAGCGCGCCUCGCGCCGCGCGCGCACCAACACACCCACCGCGCACGAAAUCCUGAAUCCUUGCGACCUGAUAAAACGGAAUGUACCAUCCACACAUAUGCAGCCAUACGUAUCCAUUCAUAUGCAGCGAAGAUGGCUCGUAUUUGGGAAUUAGGGAUUUUCUAUUUUCACUAUAAGGUUAGUAGAGCA